AUGUCUACCAUGCCCGCCUCUCACGGCCACAGCGCCGCCUGCUGCAACAUCCCCCCCAUCGUGUCCAAGGGAUACCAGCCCAAGGGCUCGUAUGAAGAAGUCGGCGGCUACAAGACGUAUGUCACUGGCCCCGCCGACGCUACCAAGGCCAUCGUUGUCAUCUACGACAUCUUUGGCUACUUUGACCAGACUGUCCAGGGAGCCGACAUCCUGGCCUUUGGUGACGACCACCAGAAGUACAAGGUGUUCAUGCCCGACUGGUUCAAGGGAAAGCCCUGCCCCAUCGAAUACUACCCUCCCGAUACCCCAGAGAAGCAACAGGCCCUGGGCAAGUUUUUCGGCGAGUUCCCUCCUCCCAAGAUUGCCGGCUAUGUGCCCGAGUAUGUGGAUGCUCUCAAGGCCCACAGCCCGGCUGUUUCCAAGCUGGCCAUGCUAGGGUACUGCUGGGGCGGCAAAGUUGUUGCUCUCACAGUCAAGGCGCCAACCAACCCCUUCACUGCUGCGGCCUCGGCUCACCCUGCCAUGGUCGACGCUGCUGAUGCCGAGGGCCUCACCAUCCCCUUUGCCCUCCUGGCAUCUGGAGAUGAGAAUCCAGAGGACGUCAAGAAGUUUGAGGAGAACCUCAAGGUUCCCCACCAUGUCGAGACGUUUGCCGACCAGAUCCAUGGCUGGAUGGCGGCUCGGUCUGACUUGACCAAGGAGCGGGUCAAGGCUGAGUAUGAGAGAGGUUACAAGACGCUCUUGGAGUUUUUUGGCAAGCAUUUGUGAAGGGGGACUGUAAAAGUUUGAAUCAUGUGCAAUGGCAACUUGCAACAAAAGUAAAUGAGAAUGAGGCAAAUGAAAGAAACUGCAGCAGGAAGCUUUACUUCCACUGCAAUCU